AUGACAUUGCAGAAGUUAAUUCUGCGAGUUAAAAAGGACGUUGCGGAAAACAAGACGACUACGGCAAUUGUACCUAUUUUCGAGCGUCCACCCUGGCGGAAAAGCGGACCAACUGGAUAUCGAGCCCAGAGUUCCGGGUCGGAAGACGAACUUGCCAUCAACUGCACCAAUCUGACACCCGGAAUGAUUCAUCAUUUCAUUACGCAUGUACCGUACCUGCCGGAUGGCCUUUGGCGAGAAUUUUGGACGGACGACACCGCGGAAUCUGACUCGACACGUGACAUGAGCUGCCGUGUCAUGCCGCCAACCGAAGAUAGGCCUCACAGAGACACUUUUCUGGUCAAACCGCCCCAAAACACCCAAGAAUCCAGGAAGGCGGAAUUUUGCCCCAAAUCUCUGAUCAAAAGCAAAUCCAGUCGUCAAAAAUGGGUGUUGAACGAGCUACAAACAGCAACGGUCGAAAUUUUCGCCCACGGGAAAACUCUGUCCCCCAAAGCUAAAAGGCCCGAGCACACGGGGCUCUCAGGAAACGAAAAAACUCGCAAGCGAAAAGGAUCCCCAGAAGCCAUGAAGACAGGGAGCAGACAACAUCUUCCCACAAGCCCCUUUGUGGCCUUUGACUCAAACCCGGCGCACAACUAUUAA